AUGAGAAAUAUUUCCGCUCAAUGUUUGCCACGAAAUUUAAAAUCGUUACUUCUAGAUCAUUCGAUAGUUCCACUUGGUUGGUUUGAGGGAUUGCAAUGUGAGACGUUCUUCCCAAAUCUAUUGCAGUUGAUCCUAACAUAUUGCACCCGCGUUGAGAAUUCAGAUCUCCGUAGCAUAACAAAGCUGAAAAAACUUGAAAAUUUAAAUUUCAGUUACUGUUAUAGAGUUGGUGACGAAGGCAUUGAACACAUCGCCCGAAAUCUUAGUAAUCUGAAAGUGCUUAAUCUUUCAAAUUGUCCGAAAAUAACUGAUUUAGGAUUGCAUCAUACUGGACGACAUCUCAUUGGUCUAAAAAGGCUUAACCUGUUAUCAAGUUGGAGAAUAGCUGAUGCUGGUAUUCUUUCACUGGUUCACAGUCUCACUGAACUGGAAUAUUUGAAUCAUACAAGGAGGUGA